UCCCUAAAACACUUUUUCUCCUCCACCUACUUCAAUUGUUCCCAUAAAUCUGGUAACAGAGAAAACUUUCCAGCUAAACGCCGAUAAGACUUCAUACUACUCACAAUACUCUAUAUAUUGGGAUCAUCACAACAGUCAAGGCUACCUCACAGUGACCUCACAUUUGGCUGCCCACUUUUUUCCUUUGUCUUGAUCCUUUAAAACUUCAGAUUUCCUUGCCUUCCGCGUCAUGGAGAAAGUCCAAUACCUCACUCGCUCUGCUAUAAGAAGAGCUUCAACCAUUGAAAUGCCUCAACAAGCACGUCAAAAUCUCCAGAACCUGUUCAUCAACUUCUGUCUCAUCUUAAUAUGCCUCUUGCUGAUCUGCAUCAUCGUGAUGCUUCUCUGAAGUGCUGCUGCCAUGUCCAGUGCUGCAGCCUGUCACCAUCAGCUUAAGCCUGUCACCCACGGAGAGGGGAAAAGAGACCACUUCCCAUGAAGAGGAAAUUCUUCAUGCAAAGACCAAGGUUCAGAAGAAAUGAUUAGCAAAUGUAUUCAUCUGUUGGAUCUUGUAACCAUGAAAAGGGCUCGAUUUUUUGAAAUUAACUUUAAAAUGACUAUAAGUGUGCAUAAUGUAACUGUUGAUUUCUGCAACAGAGCUUAUAAGUUUCAAUCCCAAAUCUUUUCUGAGGAUGAACUAGGAGUUUAGUUUUGAAACUGUACUGCUAACAAGUCACUUCAUAUAUAAAGCAUUAGCUUCACUGUUUGGGGUAAAUAUAAUUUAUAUUGUACUGAAAAAGCCUCUUUGAUGUUUAUUAAGUAUUUUUCAGGUCUUCACCAAGUAUCAAAAUAAUCAUUCAAAUGACAUGUCAUUAUUUUAAAUAGCCGACUGAUUCCUUACUUUAUCUUCGUUAUUAUUAUACAAACGUCUCUUUAGUAACUAUCAUAACCUCCAUUCUAAAAUAGAAAUUGCAUUCUUUUCCUAUACUUACCUUAACAUUGUUUGAAGUUCAUAAGAAUCAAGUAGGAAAAAGAAGACCAUAAAUAAAAUUUCUCUUAACUAUUUUUUAAAGAAUUAUAGAAUGCUAGUACAUGUAGAUAACCAUAAAUCUAUUUUCUCUAGGACAUUAUGAUAAAUAAAGGAGAAGUGCUGGUUAAUUUAACAGCUGACAGUGUGAUUAGCCAUAAUUACUAAUACACUAAUAGAAUAGAGUCUAACCUUAAUUUAUUGCAUGUAGUUGAUUAUCUGAGUUACAGUAUAUAACUUGCCAUACUGUAUCUUUGGAAUCAUGAAAUCUUAAGACUUCAUAUUUUAUAGGUUGUCUUCUAUUCUAUCCUCAUACUCAAUGUAGGCAAACAAAAGAAAAAUGUAACAUUUCAAGUAUUGAAAAAUAAAAUUUUUUGAAUUCUCUCUCCCAAAUUAACUAAUUAUUUGAUUACAUUUUGAAAUGAACUUUUUCUUAUUGUUGGUUAUGACAGAAUAUAGCUACUUUCCUUAAUCUACCAAUCAGAUGGUAAACACUUAUACGGUAGGCCACUCUACUACACUAAAUUAUACGCCCCAGAACUAUUUUCUUGCUGAAUACAUUUUCUAUUUCCCCUCUGGUCAUUUAAAAUAUCUUCCAACUACUCAUAAAACAACAGAAGUAAAAAUUAGUGAUGAAAAAUAUAUUCAACCAAAAUUUGGUAAUGAAGUUGAAAAUGAAGUCUAAAAUGGUUUACACAUACUGUAUCAUCCAAUAAUUUUAACUUCAGUUCAAGACAUAUUACUAAUAUAGCAAUUAUUAAAGGAGUAUAGAACAUUUAAUUUACUGUAUGAUUUGUUAAAAUAUAGUUACUAAAAGUAUUUGAAAAGUCAACAUUGACCUUGAUUUGUAACACCAGUGCUGGCAGCGGAAUAGUGAUAAAGACAUUAUUUUUAAAAUUUUUCUGAAUUCCUGAGCAGUACUGGAGAUGGGAGGGGGUUCGCUGACAACUGAGGAACAGAGGGGAAAUGGAUCUCAUACUGACAGGGGCAUUUCUUGAGCAAAGCCUUAUCUAUGGGUUAGAGAAACCUAAUAUCAACUAGAACAGCGGUUCUCAACCUUCUGGCCCUUUAAAUACAGUUCCUUACGUUGUGACCCAACCAUAAAAUUAUUUUCGUUGCUACUUCCUAACUGUAAUGUUGCUAAUGUUAUGAAUCGUAAUGUAAAUAUCUAAUAUGCAGGAUGGUCUUAGGCGACCACUGUGAAAGGGUCAUUCAAUCGCCAAAGGGGUCGCGACCCACAGGUUGAGAACCACUGAACUAGAAAGCUUAUAAAUAAGACACACAUUCACCUCACUGGUGUAAUUACCCAUGCAAAAAGUAACCAAAUUCUAUAAUUAGCUGCAUGAUCUUAUAAAUAAGUGGAAAAUUUGAAAUAACAAGCUCUAUUCCCUUCAAUAUAUUGUUCAUCACAACAUCAACUUCAAACUAUGAACUGUUCAGAUAUCAGGUUUUCCUUAAUAAAUUACAAGUAAAGAUUUUUUUUGUUUUUCAUUCUGCCUUUAAUAGAAAUUAAAACAUUAUACUUGAUGAUUACAGAACACUGUAACUCAGGUAUAAUACCGAACAAAAACCCAUUCUUUAAAUGUAACUUAUUUAUUCUGUUUAUCAUGAUGUAUAAUAAAGCAAUGUAUUUUUUAAAUGUAAAUGCCAAAUGCUCAAAUACUUCCUACAGUAGAAUAAAUUCCAAACUUUACAGUUCUAAAAACUAA